CAUUGGAAUAUUCCACCAUAAAUUCGCUUAAAAAUAAAUAAAUAAACCCGGUUUUUUUAAGCUCCUCAGAUAUUCCUUUAUUAUUCCCCCAACCCUCUAUUUAGCUCAAGCUAAUCCAAACGAAACCCCAAAUCCCUCAAAACACAAAGAAAACGACGUCUUGUACAAAACUUCAAUGGCUAGUUUUGGUAGAAGAAUAAAACGAGUUACUGACCCGCUCGACUACAGAGUCAAGGCUCGACUCAUCGGCGCAAGUGACGUUAGCAGCGGAAGCGAACACUCUGCCUCCACCGUCGUCCCAGAAGAUGACUCUCCCUGCCUCUCGGAACUCGUUCAUAGUUUCCUGGAAGACGCCCACGAUGCUACUGAACAGACUGUUUACUCUUCUGACUCCAACCGAGUCGACGCAAAUCUUAAUAAUACCGACUCGCUUGAGAUUAUCGUCAAGUCAACCGCUCUUAACAACAAGGAUUCUUACAGGAAUCUGCUCAUGCCUCACGUUUUGAAAGCAAUGGAAAUGCUUUCCUUUUUCAAAACGGAUAAAGCUAUUUUCAGGCGUAAAGUAACGGUUUAUCUUCGCGAGGCCGGCCAUAAUGCUGCGAUCUGCAAGACCAAAUGGAGUUCCUUGGGAGGCCUAACAGCCGGAAACUACGAGUUCAUCGAUGUGGUGCAGCCGGUAUCAUCCACACGGCAAAACCGGUACUUCAUUGACCUCGAUUUUGCCUCCGAGUUCGAGAUCGCGAGGCCGACGAGUGAGUACUCGAGGCUUUUGCAGUAUUUGCCUAGGGUUUUCGUGGGAAAAAAGGAGGAAUUGGAAAAGAUCGUCAAGGUCAUGAGUGAUUCGGCAAAAAGAUCGUUGAAGAGCAAAGAUUUAUCCCUACCUCCUUGGAGAAAAAACCGUUACAUGCAAAACAAAUGGCUCGCUCCAUACCGUCGAACGACGAACCAAAUCCCAGCGAGCUUCAGCUCGUUGACCCAGGCAACGAUCCACCCUGUCAACGUCGUCCAUUGCCGUUACGUUGGCUUCGACGACGCCAUCAACGGCCGUUUGUUUGUGCGUACGAGAUGAUAAUUUUGGCAAACGCAAAACAUAAUUUCACAAUAAUAGUAAUAAAAAAAUGCGAGGAAUAUUUCUAA